CUGGAAGCUAAAGCCCCGAGUGGCCCGAAGGAGCGGGCAACUGCAGGCAUCUGCUCCCGCCGUGUCCAUCACCCACCAUGCGGCCUCUAGUCUUGCUGUGGAGCUGCCUGGUGCUCCCAGGUUAUGAAGCCCUGAAGGGCCCAAAGGAGGUCAGUGGAUUUGAAGGUGACAGCGUGUCCCUGAAGUGCACCUACGAGAAGAAGGUGAGGGGACGCAGGAAGUACUGGUGCCGAGAGGGUGGCCUCAUCCUGUCCCGCUGCUCCGACAUUGUCUACUCAGAACAGAACCAGGAGGUGGUACGGGGCCGGAUGUCCAUCCGAGACAGGCCCCGAGAGCUCUCGAUGACCGUGACCAUGAGGGACCUAACCAUGAAGGACUCGGGGAAGUACUGGUGCGGGAUUGACAGACUGGGCUUCGAUGAAUCUUUUGAAGUGUCUCUCAUCGUCUUUCCAGCUUCUCCUGGUCUCCACCCGACAGUCGUCACAGUCAAGCAGGGGAAGACAGAGGUUAAGGCCCCUGUGUUCACGGAGGAGGCCCCAGCCUGGUCUUCAGGAACCUCCCAGGUUCUCCCAGGAACCUCUCCAUAUGCUGGGAGUGCUCCUCACACAACAACCCCAGCCUGGUCUGCAGGAACCUCCCCUUCCCCAGGAACCUCUCCAUAUGCUGGGAGCUCUCCUCACACAGCGACCUCUCCUCAUGCAGGGAGCUCCCGCCCAGUCAUCUGGCCGCUCAGCAUCACACCAAAGGACUCCACGGCCAGUCGUGUCCUCACGUCCAGUGUGUCCAUCCCGAUUGUCCGCAUGAUGGCCCCAGUCUGGGUGCUCUUGUCCCUUCUGCUGGCGACAGGUCUGAUUGCCUUUGGCAGCCACAUGCUCCAGUGGAGAAAGAAAGCUUGGCUGGCCAUGGAGACACAGAGGAACGAGAAGGUCUACCUCCCAGCUUCGCCACCAGGGAACAACUGGGUGCCUGAAGAUGCCAUGAUCAACCUUGCAGUGCCUCCCGAGUGUCUCAGCAAUGCCAACGCCUCCGCUGUGCCCUUCACGGAGACCCAGCACCUCGGCCAGGCUACAGAGGAAGAGGCAGCCCCUUCCCUGGACACCAAGGAGGAUGAGGACGCAAUGGCAGCCCCUCCCCUGCAGGUGUCCGCACAGGAACUGGCUUCCGAGUUCAUCUCUGUAUAACCGCAGAAUGGCCCGUGGUCAGGCUCCAUAAAGCUGAACCGCUGAGUUUGCACGAAUUCGCCGGCUCUGCUCACACUCCAGGGCUCCAUCCACCUUCCUCCAGGCUCCCUGCUUGUGUGCCCCAGAAUGGUAACGAAGUGAAUCUGUGGACCCCGAAGCCCAGUGUGGACGUAACAAUUCCAGCCAAUGGCUGAGACCUCCCCAGCAUAUUCUAAUCUCUAGGAAGAGUGCGCAGCUGCGGACCUUCACCUGGGCCUGGCAAGGCUCAGUAGAUGAGGGCUGAGUUUGUAUGGGUUCCAGGAAAUUUCCUGGGCGUCGGUGCCCAGCAACCGUCCCUCCUCCCAUCCCCUGCAAAUCCCACCUUCGCUUCCCUCCAUUCUCUUGCCGCAGCUGCUGUGGAGGAGACAACAUACGUGUGUAUAAAACAUAUGUGUUUAUAAACCACCUGCAUUCUGGCCCUUCAGAACAAUCAUUAAAACAGAAUUACCGA